CCCUUCCGUACGUUCAACAGUCGAUUAAAUUCCAGUUAAACAAAUAAAAAAUAAAGAGCAUUCAUAGCGCAGAGAAUAAAAUGCACCCCGUCGACUGGUCCCUUUGACAGGGGGACUACUAGGCGGCGGCGCUAGUUAAAAUAAAAAUAAAAAUCCAAAUAAUGGUCCAAGGCAUCCACGUCAGAAUAUCCAGGAACAAUGAGUGCCUAUUUGAAAAAUCGAGUGGAGAGGCACCCAGGAACCUCAAGUCCUUGACGAAUGACUUGAAAGAGAUGCAGAAAAAUGUCAAUGACAUCCUGACGAUUCUCGUGGAAUCUGGGAAAGGUCAUGAAGCUGAGAGUGAAGAAGAGGAUGAUGAUGAUGAGGACCUGGAAGGGUUUAACCCCAAAAAAUGUAGAUUGGGAGAAUGAACGGUGGAGUUGAGCACCAGAACGAGAAUACGCAGACGCGGACCGGUUUCAUGGAUUAAUAAAAGUCAUUUAUGUUCUGUACUGUAUUCGUUUAUGUGAAAUAAAACAUUCUGGGGUAUUUGGAAUAUUCCGUGGCAUCUGCUGGGGACAAUUGUUUUAUGUGAUUCUUAGACGAGACUUAGAAACUUUAUGAUCUCUUGGUUGUGGUAAUUGCUCGGGUAAUAAAGUCAUAAAUGACGUAGAUGAAGUGAGAACAGCUGGUUAUAGCAAUAUUCACGAUUUUUAAGCCGAGGGUGAAGUACUUGUUGUCAACAAUUUAAAAAAUGUCAACUGCCCUGUCGAAUCAAGCUCAGCUCCGCUACAUGGUGGAAUGGUUCACGGAAUGGUCAGAGAUGCAGAGAGGUGAUUUUAUGAGUGUCCUGAUCGCUUGCUGCGGUCCCAGGGACCUGGUGAACGGUCUUGUACCCACGAUUGAGGCCCUGAACUGCAACGACGAGCCAUCAAGACCGACGAGCCUCUUCCAGUGUCGAGUUAAAUUAUUCAAAGAGUGGAGCCAGAAUUGGUCACAGCAGGAUAAGGAGUCCCUCCUGACCUCCAUCAAGAACAUCGAUCCAAAAUUCGCUGAGAAAUAUGAGCGAAAGCUCAUCGAUGGUCACGAUCACGAGGAUGAGCCAGAGAAUGGCUUUCCAGACUGUCCCUCGCCUGUCAAAACCUCCGAGGAGUCAUGAUCUGGCUCCACAAUAACUCCACACUAGACUAGUUUUUUUUUUCAUCGUAGGGAAAUUCAAUAACUCCAAUCCGAGAAAAUGAUUUUUCUCUAUUUUUGUAUCCAGAGCUGCUAGUCUGCUUUAUUAUCGAACUCAAUUGAACAUUCCAUCAAUGACAUUCCAUUGUGUAAAUAAUUUAUUAUCAGACGAUUACACGCAUCGAAAAUUUUGUUCUCGUAGAAAUUUUUAGUAUUAUAUUCAUUCUUUAUGAGUAUGCUAUGGGUAUCUGACUGUGCAGCUUCAUCGUUAUAUUUUUACAAAUUCGUCGGCUAAUCUAGACACAAGAGAAUAAUUAAAUCUAAUUCUCAUAAAUAUAUAAUAUAUUUUAUACGAACAUAUCACGUUGUGUUUACAUAUCACAGUUUACAUUUCCGCCUCUUAGUGCGAAUGAAAUAUCAAAAUGCAUCAUUUUGACGAGGAAAAAUUGGCAGUUGUCGUAAUAAACGAUCAAAUUAUUCCUAAAA